AUGGUUGACACCCACGCACGUGUGCCGAACGUUGAGUCGCGACUGGCGCGCAGAAUGUGGAGCUUCUUUUUUAUCGCGCUGGGAUUAGCUGCUGUCUGUUUUGAGGUCUUUAUAUUUGAAGACCUCCGACGCGUGUGGUUCUCUUCACCACAACCAGUCAACAACAUGCGCAAUCUCGUUGUUCUUUCCGCCGCUGGGGCCGCGCUGGCUCUCAGCCCAAGGGAUACCUUUUAUCCCCCGGCCUUGAAUGACACCGCCUACAUUGCCAACAGCUCCAUUGGGACAUAUGGCGGUAUCUACAAGGCUGACACCCAUGGUCCGACCAGGGGAAGCCCUUACGGAACCUAUGACUACUGCUCCAUGCCGCACCCUCGUUCAGAGGAGUACGAGCUACCCGGGGCUCUCGCCAACGGGUCGGCUAAAGGCAAACUUGUGUACUUGGAAUAUCUCCAGCGUCAUCAACGGCGUACUCCGUACAACAUCCUCCCAGGAGGCGAGAAUCAAGCCUAUCACUGUGAUGACGUCCGGCCGUACCUGUACGCAGGUCCUGACAGCGCAAGUGGCAUUCAGCCCAUGCCAAUGUAUGCCCAGACAUAUCAAGACCCCACCAACCCCUUCACACCUGGUGUCAAUGGCACAUGCCAGUACCCGCAAAUCACCAUUGGCGGUGUGGAGGAUGGGUUCCAGCAUGGUAAAGAUCUGUGGUCGGUCUACGGCAAGAAGCUUGGGCUGAUUCCCAAGACUCCAAACGGUCGCGUUUGGUUCCGCUCCAGCGAGUCUGCUCUAACCCAGGCUUCAGCUGGCGCGGUCUUGCGUGGUGUCUGGCCGGAAUACAAGGGGGCUUUGCCGUUGCAUCAGAUGGUCUCAUCUGUCGAUACUGUUAACGAGGGAUACUCUUGCGCAGCGGUUAGCUCGACACUCUCUAGUCUCAAGUCUACCUCUGAGUGGAAGGAACAUUUGACUGUAACUGAGGAGCUCCGCUCGAAGCUGGGCUCAAUGUUGGGCGCAACAGAUAGUUCGUGGCAGAGCACAUUUGACCACUUCUCGGACAACUUCCAGGGUCGUCUUUGUAAUGGAUAUGCACUCCCCUGCAGCUUGUCAAACUCCUCGGCCUGCGUCACUAUGGAGAUGGCUGAGGAGGUUUUCCGCGCUGGUGAUUGGGAGUGGAACUACUACUGGCGCACGAAUCCGGAUGUGGUGAAGUACAUCCAAGUUGUUGAAGGUCUUUUCAUUGGCGAGAUCGUCUCUCGCUUGCAGGCUGUUCAAGACGGGAAAUCCUCUCUUGACUACAGCCAUAUCUUCAUCCACGAUGGUGACAUUGGUCCUAUUUUGGGUGCUCUGGGAAUUUCGGCGCUUCGCUGGCCGGCUAUGGCAUCUAAUGUUGCUUUCGAAGUCUGGGAAACCGAAGGCAGUGAACAUUCAUUCUACGCUCGUGUGUUGUACAGUGGUCAUCCGUUGCGAAGUAUCCACGGGGUUCUUGAUUGGGUUCCGCUGUCCGAUCUCAUUGACAUUCUGAGCACAUAUGUCCCUGAAGAUAUCACUUCCCUUUGUGGAUGA